CCCAGGCUGGAGUGCAGUAGUGGCAUGAUCAUAGCUCACUGUAGCUUUGAACUCCUGGACUCAAGUGAUCACCCUGUCUCAGCCUCCUGAGUAGCUGGGACUUACAGGCAUCUACCACCAAGCUUCUUGUAGGACUUCUGGAGACAUAUUUAAGAGGAAUAAUGUUAAGUAUAAUUUUUUAUUUUUUUUGAGACGGAGUUUCGCUCUGUUGCCCAGGCUGGAGUACAAUGACGUGUUCUUGGCCCACUGCAACCUCUGCCUCCCAGGUUCAACCGAUUCUCCUGCCUCAGCCUUCCGAGUAGCCGGGAUUACAGGAAUGUGCCACCACGCCCAGCUAAUUUUUGUAUUUUUAGUAGACACAGGGUUUCACCGUGUUGGUCAGGCUGUUCUCGAACUCCUGACCUCAGAUGAUCUGCCUGCCUUGGCCUCCCAGAGUGCUGGGAUUACUGGCUUGAGCCACUGCGUCUGGCCAAGUAUAAUUUUUUUUAAACAAAUUUAAAUGUACUACUUACCCAUUAUCUUCAAGGAAAGGACAGAAUCCCUUGGUUAAUGCUCCCUGAACAAAGACAAAGUAAUUAUUACUCAGUCAAGGGAUCUGGGAGUAAUCUUGUGGGCUCUUGAAACUAAACAUGCCCAUAGGCUGGGAGCAGUGGCUCAUGCCUGUAACCCCAGUACUUUGGGAAGCUGAGGCAGAAGGACUGCUUGAGCCCAGGAGUUCGAGGCCAGCCUGGGCAACAUGGUAAAACCCUGUCUCUACAAAAAAAUACAAAAGUUGGCUGGAUGUGGUAGUGCUCCAGGCUGCAUGACAGGCGCCUGUGGUCCCAGUUACUUGGGAGGCUGGGGUGGGAGAAUCGCUUGAGCCCAGGAGGUCUAGGCUGCAGUUGAGCUGGCUGAGAUUAUGUCACUGCACUCCACCUUAAUUGACACAGCAAGACCCUGUCUCCAAAAAACAAUCAAUCAAACAAAAAACCCCAAACAAACAAAAACAUGCCCAUAAAAAGUCAGGGUAAGGAAUUAGAAACCAAAAGAAAACCUCCUUCUAUCUAUUCAUUCAACAUUUACUGAACUCUAAUUUUCUUUUCUUGCAGAGAGGAAAAUUUAAUAGGCAAACAAACUAUUAAUAGCAUCUGGGGUGCCCUGAGUGCCUGCUAUGUGCCAGGGCCAAGUAGGUUUAUCAUCUCUAUUUUGCAGAAGUUAAAAUAUGAUGUAAUCGGGUGGUGUGAAUAUUAAAAAAAUGUAAUUGAGGUUACAACCAAGGUGUAUUUGGUUUCAUAUCCAGAUCUUUUUGACUAUGCUAAAUACAAGCAAAUUCAAAAAGGGGAAUUAGCCGGCCACGGUGGCUCACACCAGUAAUUUCAGUGCUUUGGGAGGCCGAGGGUGGAUAGCUUCGAGGCCAGGAAUUCCGGACCAGCCUGGGCAACAAAAUGUUAAAUAAAAAAAAUUUUUUUAAUUAAACAAAAAAAAUUUUAAAAACCAAAAAGGGUAUUAAACAAUUCACAGACAGAUACUGAACAGGAUUUUUGGUACGUUUAGGGCAUCUGCAUGGUACUUGGUUUGUGCUAGGUUGCUGAGAACACUCACAGGUCAUACACCAGUUUUCCUUUCUGGAGGGCUUCUGUCUAUACAUCUUUUCCUGGAGAAUCUGUUUGACAUCCACAAUACACACUCCUCAUUUAUUGUCAGAAACGAUGAUGUUUUAUGAUUUACAUUAUGUGUGUACAUACACACGCACGCGCGCGUCCUUUCUGGCCCUCUUGUUUACCAUAAGAGGAAGCAAUUGCCUUUAGCAUGAAUAAAAGAUUGCAGAAUAAAUAUUUGUUCUUUGUAAUGGGCGACAUGCACCAGCCCCUAAGACAUCCUGAGGUUCAGGCUAUCAACGCAAAGUGCACACGCCUCCCACGCCCCGUUUCCUUGCAGUUCCAAAUCCCAGGUGUCUCAGGUUGCAGCUUCCGUUGCCUUUAACUACAUCCUACUUUUUCCUCCAAACCUUCCCCCUCAACCCCUUCGAGACCGACCGGCAGGGCCCAGGGGCGGGUGGCAUGACCUUGGUUCAUCCUCGGCCGCAGAGACGCGGCGUGACCUUGGCCAAGUCCCCGCUUCCCCAUCCGCUGACUUGCGCGGCUGGACCGCUGGGUCUCCGCUCCGGCCGCUAGGCGUCCUGCGCCGCUGUUCUUAUCUCCCCCGGCUUCCUCCGCGCGCCCCACCAGUUCUACGCCUACGCUGCCGGCGUAGCGGCCACCCGGAGUGGCGCGGCCCUCUCCUUUCAGACGCUGGUUUCCGCCGCGCGAACUGGGAGGGCGCGAUUCGCGAACGCGGCCUGCGCUGCGAGCGCGCCGCCGUCCCGCAGGCCGGUGCGGCCUUACGCCGCUGACGCAUCGCGCCCAACAUGGCGGCGCGGUCGUCGUCGGGGGUGGCGGCGGCAGAGGGGGCGGCGGCCCUGGCGGCAGCGGAGACUGCAGCCGUGAAGGUGGCAGCAGCGGCGCGGGACCUGGGCCGGGGGGAAUGAGGCGGCCGCGGCGGGUCAGCGGCGAAGCCGUGUAGCGGAGAAGCUCCCCCUCCCUGCUUCCCUUGGCCGAGCCGGGGGCGCGCGCGCACGCGGCCGUCCAGAGCGGGCUCCCCACCCCUCGACUCCCGCGACCCGCACCUCACCCCCACCCGGGCCCGGAGGAUGAUGAAGCUCAAGUCGAACCAGACCCGCACCUACGACGGCGACGGCUACAAGAAGCGGGCCGCAUGCCUGUGUUUCCGCAGUGAGAGCGAGGAGGAGGUGCUACUCGUGAGCAGUAGUCGCCAUCCAGACAGAUGGAUUGUCCCUGGAGGAGGCAUGGAGCCUGAGGAGGAGCCAAGUGUGGCAGCAGUUCGUGAAGUCUGUGAGGAGGAGCCUAAGCUCAGGCUUAUUCAUAUGCCGAUGGCAGAGUUCCAGGAGGAAAAGUGGAAACUGCAAGUCCUCUUGAGGCCUAGGCUUGGACCUGGUAAACCAUUCUUCUACAUUCUGUUGGCCGAAGCAAGACACAAGGCUGGAGUAAAAGGGACAUUGGGAAGAUUAGUUGGAAUUUUUGAGAACCAGGAGAGGAAGCACAGGACAUAUGUCUAUGUGCUCAUUGUCACUGAAGUGCUGGAAGACUGGGAAGAUUCAGUUAACAUUGGAAGGAAGAGGGAAUGGUUUAAAAUAGAAGACGCCAUAAAAGUGCUGCAGUAUCAUAAACCCGUGCAGGCAUCAUAUUUUGAAACAUUGAGGCAAGGCUACUCAGCCAACAAUGGCACCCCAGUCGUGGCCACCACAUACUCGGUUUCUGCUCAGAGCUCGAUGUCAGGCAUCAGAUGACUGAAGACUUCCUGUAAGAGAAAUGGAAAUUGGAAACUAGACUGAAGUGCAAAUCUUCCCUCUCACCCUGGCUCUUUCCACUUCUCCUCACAGGCCUCCUCUUUCAAAUAAGGCAUGGUGGGCAGCAAAGAAAGGGUGUAUUGAUAAUGUUGCUGUUUGGUGUUAAGUGAUGGGGCUUUUUCUUCUCUUUUUAUUGAGGGGUGGGGGUUGGGUGUAUAAUUUGUAAGUACUUUUGUGCAUGAUCUGUCCCUCCCUCUUCCCACCCCUGCAGUCCUCUGAAGAGAGGCCAACAGCCUUCCCCUGCCUUGGAUUCUGAAGUGUUCCUGUUUGUCUUAUCCUGGCCCUGGCCAGACGUUUUCUUUGAUUUUUAAUUUUUUUUUUUUAUUAAAAGAUACCAGUAUGAGAUGAAAACUUUCAAGAAUUUGUCCUAUAAUGUGCUGUACAGUUCAAUAGAGUGGUCACUUUCACUGCAGGAUACAUUUAUCUACACAUUAUAUAUCGGACAUAUAAUAUGUAAAUAAAUGACUUCUAGAAAGAGAAAUUUGUUUAAUUUUUCAAGGUUUUUUUCUCCCUUAAUUUGGGCAUUUCUAGAAUUGAGAGCCUCACAAUUAAUAUACCUUUUUGUUUUUGAUGCUAGUGUCUGGGCAGGUUGCCCUGUCCUCUCUCUAUUUCCCAGUCAUUGACUGUAGAUAUGGGAAGAGUUUAGCUACCUUCAUAGUGCUCCCAGGACUCAUGGCCUUUCCUUCUUUAAGCUGUAUUUCCCUGCCCAGAAAGAAACAGGAAAAAACCUUUUUUUUAUUUUUUUAUUUUUUUUUAACCAAGCAAGGAGCAAAUGGCCUCAGCCCAGAUCUGUAAAAACAAUGAUAGAAAUUGAAUUCUGCCCCACAUGUUGACAGUAGAGUUUGAACUGGAUUCUUGGGAUUACUUAUCUAAAAAACUGGAGCAUCAGGUCCGUUUCUGUCCUGCUGGUUUGGAAUCUUUUCCGUAAUGCUAUUUAUUGCCAACAAUGGCCUCUCUUUGUGUCCAUAUAUGCCUUACACCGUGCUGACCUGGGUAUCGUCCAUGUGCUCUGAAGCAUCCAACUUUACUUUGCAGGUGCAUCAAUGUAGUCCUGUCCCUGAACUGGGCAACCGUGUCCCUGAAAAGUACACUGGGGAAAUUCACCUGCUUGCUUGUCUUUGUAAUGGCAUGGCACUUGUGAUUGCACCAUGGAGCAUGCUCAGAGCUAUUAAAUUGGUCUCCCAUCUCCCACCAGGAUAUGAAAGGCCCAUAUGGGAAGCCACGUAAUCACUUACUACAGUGGUUACAUAAUACACUGGCUCACUGCAGACUCUCUUGUUUUUUGAUACAGGUUUCGUGCUGGCUUCAUUUGCCAAUUGUGUUGUUUAAUUCGGAAGUAAGAGGGUCUUGAGAUUGAGGGGUAGGGAGAGGUACACUGACUGAUCCCUGGCUUAGGACAGGAGAUUAUCUCUGUACUCCAGUGGCAUCUCCUUAGCCAAGAUGUGAAAUUAAAAUCAUAGUUCGCCUUAUUUAAAAAUUCUAAUAAAGCACUCAAACUUUGAAAAGCUUUUACUUUUCCCUCCUACUAAAAGAAAUGUAUGUACCUCAUAGCCCUGUGUCAUUUAGUGUUCAGCACUUUUGGGAACAUCAGUUGGUGAACUUUAAAUUUUGCUGUCUACUUACCGGGCACGGUGGCUCGCACCUGUAAUCCCAGCACUUUGGGAGGCCGAGGCAGGUGGAUCACCUGAGGUCAGGAGUUUGAGACCAGCCUGGCCAACAUGGUGAAACUCUGUCUCUACUAAAAAUGCAAAAAUUAGGUGGGUGUGGUGGGCGCCUGUAAUUCCAGCUACUCAGGAGGCUGAGGCGAGAUAAUCGCUUGAACCUGGGAGGCAGAGGUUGCAGUGAGCCAAGAUUGCACCACUGUUGUCCAGCCUGGGCGACAAGAGUGAAACUCCAUCUCAAACAAAAAAAAAAAAUUUUUUUUUUUUGCUAUAUACUCUUAGUUUACAUCCUCUCUCCCAAUCUUGAAACACAGAGCCAAAGAGCAGUUGUAUUCUUGGGAUACCAUGAUACCUCUGGGAAAGGAAUUAUAUUCCCAAGGAGAGGUCCCAUUGGAUAAGAACAAUACCAUGGGACUUGAGUCUGAAUGCUAACUUACUAUUCACACAUCCUUCUUAAAAAUGAACACACUGUUUCUUAUCCUGACCUAGAGCAUUCUAAAGUUCUGUUCAAAUAAAUAAAGGGCAAAAUAAAGUAGAUUUAACCAAGUGCUAAGUGGAAUUCAAGAAACACAUUCUUCCAGAUAAAUUCUACCUUUAUGGUAUGGAUUUGAAAGUACUUUGCAGGAAAACAGUCAGUACUCUUUAAAAAGGGACUGCAGGGCGGGGUGUAGUGGCUCACACCUGUAAUCCCAGCACUUUGGGAGCCCAAGGUAGGUGGGUCACUUGAGGCCAGGAGUUUGAGACCAGCCUGGCCAAUGUGGCAAAACCCCAUCUCUACUAAAAUACAAAAAUUAGCUGGGCAUGAUGGUGCACGCCUGUAUUCCCAGCUGCUUGGUAGGCUGAAGCAUGAGAAUCACUUAAACCUGGGAGUUGGAGGUUGCAGUAAGCCAAGAUCAUGCCACUGCACUCCAGCCUGGGCAACAGAGUAAGACUCUGCUUAAUAAGAAAAUAAAACGGAACUGCAGUGCUAACAGUAAUUUACACAUUUUUAAAUGUUCUGAGUAUGUUUUGACUGGGCUAGUGUAACAAUAUACUACCCUGAAAGUGCAGUUUUGAUUGUUGUUGGUGUCUUUGGGUCAGGAAAGUGAACUGUGCCAAGAAGUAUUUUUCAGUGACAUGAAUGGAUUCCUGUUAAUGCAAUUGACUGAGAGAUUGUGCUUAUGCUUUCUUAACUGACAAAAAGAGGCUUUGUCCAACAUCAGAAUUGUUGAAACUGGUGCUGUUUUCUGUUGCACUGGGAUUCUGAUGAUCUGGGAUUUUCCCUCCUUGGCACAGUAAACACCAUGGCUGUCUUUACUGAGAAUGUCGUCACAGUCCUUUAGUGAUAGAUUAGUUAGACCCAUGGUUGCAAUACCUUUAUCUCCCCAAAGAAAAUAAUCAAAAGAAAGCACAAAAACUACCCUGUUUGCAGAAUAUUUCACUGACAUUGAUUUGUCAUUAAUUCUACCAGAGCUGACCUCAUUCAGGCUUGAUAGAAACAGGUUCCUAUGUUUAGGGCAGAUCCCUAGCCUCUCGCUCACAGUGAAUUUGCAUGUCCUAGAUUCUGGUUAUUGCUAGAGCAUCCAUUAAAGUCUACCAAACGCAGGAUAGAAGAAGAUAGCAGUGGAUUUUUAAAAAUUUUUAGUUUAUAAAUCACAGUCAUUGGGGAAACACUAGUAAGGUCAUGUGAUAUUUUGGACCAGGAUUUUUCUCUCUGUCUUCUCUCUGGGUGUGUGUGUGUGUACAGCAGGGCUACCAGGAGGUGUCAACCAUGUUAGAUUUUCUGUAGCCUUCCAGAAACAGUGCAGCCCAUAAAACAGGAAUCUUAAUUUUCCUCAUAGCAAAUAUAACAGGAUGGAACAGUUAGUGUUUUGUUUUUACAAGUGUCCACCACUCCAUCUGCCCUGCAUGGAGAGGGCUCUCUCACUGCUAGGUCUAGGCCGAGCCAUCUGGAAGGAUCAAAGGGUGUGGGAGUAUCACCCCCUCUCAGGCUGCAGAAGGUCUCAAGGGUGGCGUCACAGCAGGAUUUCCGCCUUCUGCAUUGCACUGCACAGCCCCAUGGAACGUGAGGCACUUGAGGCCUUGCUUCUUGCAGCCUCUGGGGAGCAGAGUAGGUCACUGCCCUCUGGGAGUGUUUUGCAGUAGUUUUGUAAAUGUGUUGCUACAUAGUCAAGUUUCUUUGUGGCAAAGAAAUAUUUUGUUUUGAUAUUAGGAGCCAGCCCAUGUAAUGCCUCUUAGGCUUGCUUGCUUAGAAGAAAAAAGUCACCCUUUGUGGUUUUUAAGAAAAAAAUUCUGUGCAGAUCUGUUCCUCCUCCUGCUCCUUCCCUUUUCUCUACAUACAGUGCUCAUUGGAGGCUCCUGCUAAACCUUCUUAACCAGAGAAGUAAUAGGUAUUUGUUAGACCUGAGUGUACAUUUCACAUGUUAUCCUUCACAUAUUUCUCAUUUUCAUCUAGUACUUUCUUAAUGCCUUUGUUGGAGUCCCCAUCCUCAUCUUUAAAAAAAAAAAAGCAACAGCUUAGCCUAAGCCACAUUCACUUUUUUUAGUUCACAAGAAGGAUUUAAUAGCCACAAUGUGAUUUUUGCCACAACUGUGUGAUUUUAAUAUUCUCUAAUAUCAAGGGUGGAUUUAGAAUUGCAGGAAAUACCUGGAGAAAUCACAGUGGAAUGAAUUUUUGCUUUAAGAGAAAUGAGAGUUGGCUGUAAUUGAUAAUACAGCUUCAUCCUAGUCCCAUCUGCAUUUCAGAAAAUAAGCCUCAUCUUUACAAAACACAGGACACUUGUGGGACAGUUAACUCAAGCAGCUGUGGGGAGGGAGGAGAUUAUUGAAUGGUGAUUAAAUAAUGCAAAUGGCCCUUCUGUUUCUUAAAGACUGUGGAAGAGGUCAGACUGCCCGGUUGAGGUGGCAGUCAUUUAUUCUGAGUCCUGUUGGGUAGAGCCUAUCUCCUCGAGGCUAUAGAGGCUUCCAGGAUAUGGAGCUAUGCAUGUUAAUGGCUCAGCCUUGCCUCCAUCAGGGCACCUACCUAACUUGGAGCAAGUGGGAGAGCACCCCAGAGUCAUCCUCUGUGCUCUUUGGUGAGUUUUGCAGCGGAGACUUCACCAUCCGGGGGAGCUGUGUUUCUGUGUCACUUGGGAUAUCACCUAAAAAUGAAACAUUUGAUAUUUUAAGGUAUUAAAAAAAAGUAAAUUGGGGAACAUUGGCUGCAAUCCCUAAAAGAUACUGUUGUCUGUGCAUCAGGUUGGCUUGAGGUCACCACAGGUCCUGGGAGCCCAGAGAGUUUAGGCAUACUCUCCUUUGGAGGCCAGCAGCCUUUCACAAACCCUGCCUCUAAAAGGGCAGUUUCACAUUUGACCAUGUUUUUGCAUUAGCCUCAGAAACUCUUGUCUUUAGCUGAUAACCUUUGAGGGAUGUGAGAAGCCUAGUUGGAGCAUCUGAGAAAAUGAUCCCUCUCACCUUCAAAUUAAUCAAAUAGUUUGUCCUUCUAGUCUCCUUAUAAAUUAAUAAAUGGAGGGCUGGGCACGGUGGCUCAAGCCUGUAAUCCCAGCACUUUGGGAGGCUGAGGUGGGUGGAUCACAAGGUCAGGAGUUCAAGACCAGCCUGACCAAUAUGAUGAAACCCCGUCUCUACUAAAAAUACAAAAAUUAGCCAGGUGUGGUGGUGCAUGCCCGUAAUCCCAGCUACUCGGGAGGCUGAGGCAGGAGAAUCGCUUGAACCCAGGGGGUGGAUGUUGCAGUGAGCCAAGAUCCCGCCAUUACACUGCAGCCUAGGCAACAGAGCAAGACUCUGUCUCAAAAAAAAAAAUUAAUAGGAAGAGAAUCCCAUUUUGUGAUGAUUUGGGCACACUACUUGAGCUGAGGCUAGCAGUCACAUGAUUUUGGCUGUCUCUGACCUGAAGCUUUUGAAGUAAGAGUUAUGUCUCUUCCCUGAAGCUUUGUUUACAGUGGUAACUUGGUGAGUUUGAGCUUUGAGCUUGUCUUAGAAAAUAAGACUGUCCACCUGGGGAGGGGAGCUUAUAGGGAACCCGUGUUAACUCAGAAUGCUGAAGAAAGUGCUUUUAGCCAACAAAAGUAAGAUUACUAUCUAGAAGGUUUUGGAAAGAAGUCAUUGCUUCUGUUCCUCCAGCAGUCAGUUGACUCUAGGCUUCCUUUGGUUUAUAUCCCCAGUUCUUAAUACUAAAACUUAUUUGACUUCCUAUCAGGAAGCACACAAAAAAAGCGUCAUUUAAAACCCUGGAUAUAGGCUUUAAAGGAUACAAAAACAGCAGCAUUGUCGUUUUGCCAGGUUCAUCACCAUUUUGAUGUGCUACCCAUCCUUCCACCCUCCCUUUCCUGCCCCCAAGCCUCCCAGCCAGGCCAGAUGUGAAGAUUCUAUUAAUCACUUUUUCAGAGAACAUUAAUUCUUGUAUAGAAUAAUUAUCUACUAAAUUGCUUAUUAUCUGUGACUACCUUGCAGAGAACAUCUCAACAGUGCAGUAAAAUAGCUCUCCUAGACUUGAGCUUCCAGCCAGGCAUUUAGAUCACUCUUAAGCCUUUGUGGAAUUCUGAGGAAAAAAAGCAAGAUGCCUCAAUGCCAAUGCUGGGCCUUAAGAUUCUACUCCCCUCCCUGUAGGGUGGGGCAAGUGGCUCAGCUUUGGAAAAUCAUUUUGCCCAUAAGAUUGCCUGUGAAUCCCUUUAAGAAGUCGUCCUGAUCUGAGCCUGUCUUCCUGAGUACUUUGGUGCUGAAUCGAAAAUGGUAAGCUAAAGCAGUGACAGAUCCACGUAGCCUCUUUAACCUCUUUAUUGUCUUGCCAAAAAAAAAGUUUCUCAGGUUAAACCUUUAUCUUUAACCUCCCUUUGUUGUGGAGAAAAUGUGUCACUAAUCAGUGGUCCAAGGGAUAUCUAGCUUUGGUUACUCAGUUCCUGCAGCAUAACAGAUACGACUUAUGCCAGAGAAGGUAGAGGCUGAUUAUGGAGACAUCCAGGAACAGGAAUAAGAAGGGAUAGGUCUGCUCCACAUAGAACCUCCCCAGAUCUGAAGUUAAGUCUUGGAGAGUUUCCAAAGUGCUGAAGUAAAAAGACUUGGAGGGCCUUUGCUUAAUGAGCAAGAGGCUUGUGUCCUGUCAAGAACAUGAAGGAGUUCAGAAGGGAGCUAUAGCUCACAGACAGAAACCUGCCCCCUGACCCCAUCCCCCGUGACUGAGAGCAUGUUUGCUCAGAAUUUUCUAAGAGGACUCUCCUUUCAAAAAUCCAAUUUGCUACCAGAAUGUUGUUUAGCCUCUGAGAAUCUCACUCUUUCACUUCCAUCUGUGAAUGGACAUAAAGUGUUGCUCAGGGAUCAGAAACAUCAGAGUCCAGGGCCCAGUGGCAUGGUGUUGCAUUAAUAGUUAGAAAAGUAAUUGGUCAACUCUACUGUAAAAGAAAUAAGUAUGUAGUACAGUUUUGUAAAUGUCAGGUCUGUUCUAUUGUUUUGUGAUCUGAAGACUGUCAAACUGGUUGAUAAUCAAAGAAAAGGUUGGUGGUUAGAAUAAGUAAAAUUUCAGUUAGAAAGAUAUAGCUUACCCAUUUUCCAUGUGCUUAAGGAAGUCAAGAGUAUUUCAGGAUGUUGAGAACUGUUGUAAAAUGGAAUUGAAGCAAGUGUCUCUCACCUUCUUAGGUGUAUCACAGAGAGGAAGUGGAAGGCCAGAAGUAGCAUCUUCAUACUUACUUUGCCAGCCUGGCCUCCAUUUCAAAGACUUUGUCUUCCAUCCUAUCCAAUGACAUGGUCAGGGAUGGGCUCUGAGGAGGCAGUGAGGCCCCACCUUGGUUUGCCCCACUGUGGUGUGUAGUCUCCAAACAGCUUAAGGGUUUUUAAGGAGUUUUCUCACAUGAUUACCUCCACUCCAUUCAUCUACCAUCAGCAUCAGAAAGGUUAACAUCCCUGGGACCAUUCUACUUAUAAAAGAGAUGAACUAGUGUGCUUUCUCCCCUUUUCCAGGUGCGCCAUCCAUAUACAAUCUCCUCUUGGCCAAGUUCAACAAAUGUUUCCAGGGAACCCUGUGGGUUGAGGCAAAGUAGCCAAGAUGUAUUGAGUUAAGUUUUUCUAGAGGACAAAAGUAUUUCUUGUCCCUUUUCCCUCAUGCUCAUAUGUUUUAGCUGAGGCUUAAAUGGCCAAGUUGAGUAAUAACUCUGGAACUGAGACAGAGAGCCAGGGACCCAUGUACCCAGGGACCAGUCCCCUGGGGAAAUCACACAGUGGCUCAGACUAGACUGCUUUAUCCCACCAGAACUCUGCUGCUGUUCAUUUCCAUCAGGACCACUCAGGAAAGCAAAUAAGUUAGCCUUCUCAUCAUUAGGUCACCUAAUCUCUUGGGCUGCAGGAUGAGAGCAUAUAUAGAUCUCCUGUUUAGAGAGUGUGUUCAUAAUUGUAGAAAGGGAUAGAAAAUGGAACAACCAAGAGACUGUGUCAUUUUUUGAAGAGGAUGGCAAGGAUGACCUCAAAUGAGCUCAACAAAACUGGGAAUCCAAGGAAUGGUGCUUGUAGGGAAAGAGAGGUCAGUUGUGGUCCUUAAACCUCUUGGUACCUUGUGUGGGUUAUAAAACAAGGAGCUGGAGUAAAAUUGCCCUUACCCCCAAUCCAAAUGCUGUCCAGGAUUUAGGAGCUCCCAACCUGUGGUUAUAUGGUGUUGGUUUCCAUUUUUUGUUUGCUUGUUUCCAAAACAGCCUUGCUUGGUACUGCAUGGAAAGUUCAAGCUUUUCUUCUUGCCGCUCAGGACUACCUGUCUGGGCUGGCCUCUUCCCCGUGUCUUCACAGCGUCCCUAAGGAAGAUUUUUGCAGCACUCUCUGGAGCUGAGGGGAGUGAAAUUUGGUCCAGAGAAGGCGGAAGGAAAUAGUUUUACUGUUUCCUUUUCUCGAGGCGGAUGUCCUCAGGCUUCCUUCACACCUCCUUCCCAUGGGCGCGGCUGGCAGUACAGUCAGGCUGUGGAGGAGGGCUGAGAAGAAAGGGGCACUGGUCCAGCCCCAGGUUUGGUCUGAGACAGGUACACAGCAGAUACCAUCCCACCUUCCUCUCUAAAGAACAGGCCAGCCACACAUAUAACCCUUUCCCUACUUUACUAAUGUGUCCCUUAUGUGGUACCAGCAAUGGAGGACAGGCAGACUUACCCCCUGCCAUCUAGAGAGAAUGUUGUUACUACCCGUAAAACUUGACCACCCCCAUAUCCCACUCCUUUUUGUAAAAACAAAUGCUUAAACAUGUGAGCCUGCCAUUCCUUUCUAUGUGUUAAUCAGUUUCCUUCCAUUUGAGCUGUGUGAGAGGGAAGGGCAUUGAAAUUGUAGGUUGUAAUCUUGUGCCAACCAAUAAAAACCAGUAUUUCACACACA